AUGUCGAUGAGCCUGGAGGAUUCCCUCUCGCAACCCCGCCCACCGAAGCCAUGUCCACCGAUCUCAAAUUCCGUCUUUGAGCAGCUCCGUCUCGACGGCAAGGUCGCAAUCGUCACAGGCGCCGCCGCAGGCAUCGGCCUCGCCGUUGCCGAAGCCUACGCCGAAGCAGGCUGCAACUUGGCCCUCUGGUACAACUCCAACAAAUCGGCCCACACCAGAGCCGAAGAGCUCGCCAAGCAAUACUCUAUCAAAGCCAUCGCCUACCAAGUCUCCGUCGAAGACCCCUCAGCCGUCCAGAAAGGCAUCCAGACCGUCCUCAAAGACUUCGGUGACAGAAUCGAUGUCUUCGUCGCCAACGCCGGCACCGCCAUCUCCAAACCUCUUCUCGACAUGACCAUCGACGAGUAUCGCCAGGUCAUGUCCGUCAACCUCGACGGCGUGGUCUACUGCGCGAAGUUUGUCGGCGAGGUCUUCAAGCGUCAAGGCUCCGGGUCCUUGAUUCUCACGUCUUCCAUCAGCGCACAUGUCGUCAACGUUCCGAUCGACCAGCCGAUCUACAACGCCAGCAAAGCCGCCGUGACGCACCUCGGCAAAAGCUUGGCGCGGGAAUGGAGAGAGUUCGCCAGGGUCAAUGUGGUCAGCCCUGGCUUCUUCAACACGAACAUGGGUGCAAGCGAGAACGUCAAGGAUGAGGCGCAUCGCAUGGCGGUCUUGGGAAGGCAGGGAGAUGUCAAGGAGUUGAAGGCGGUGUAUUUAUGGUUGGCGAGUAGUGCGGGUGGUUUUGCGACUGGAAGUGAUGUUUUGGUUGAUGGCGGCUAUACUUUGCAUGAGUGGGGGCCGUCUGAAGGACAUGACAGGGACAUAGGAUUCAGGGGAACGCGGUUGGUGGAUUUCGCUCUCAAUCUUGACGAGGAGAGAUCUGGUAUUGAGGGUGCUCUAUCUAUGGAUACGGCUGAGCUUCCUAUUGCUUAA